AUGUCAAAAUGUGUCAGUUUAAUCAUUGUUAUAGUUUGUUCUGUUUUACUUACUGUGCUGCAUGCCGAACCAAGCUUGGAAGUUGAAGUUGAGGCGCUUCAGGCGUUCAAAAGAUCUGUCACUCAUGACCCUUUAGGAGCACUUGCAGAUUGGACGGUGGCUAAUCAUCACUGCAACUGGUCUGGCAUUGCCUGUGACCCUUCCUCAAGUAGAGUCAUUUCAAUCUCCCUGCUUGAUAAGCAGCUUAAAGGGGAGAUAUCUCCGUUCCUGGGAAACCUUUCAAGCCUCCUGGUUCUUGAUUUGACUUUAAAUUCAUUCUCAGGUCAUAUACCACCUCAACUGGGACUAUGCUCCCAGCUUACUCAACUAAUUCUUUACUAUAAUUCUCUGUCGGGUCCAAUCCCACCAGAAAUAGGUAACCUUAGAAAUCUGCAGAUGCUGGACUUAGGUGAUAAUUCUUUGAAUGGAAGCAUCCCUGAUAGCAUUUGCAACUGCACUUCCUUGUUAGCUCUCGGUAUCAUUUACAACAAUCUCACAGGGACAAUCCCAAAAGACAUAGGAAACCUAGUUAAUCUUCAAAUGUUGGUAGCAUAUAGAAACAAUUUGGAAGGUCCAAUACCUGUUUCCAUUGGCAUGUUGGGAGCGUUGCAAUCUUUAGACCUAAGUGAAAACCGUCUGUCUGGAGUAAUACCUCCUGAAAUAGGGAACUUGUCAAGUUUAGAAUAUCUUCAGCUGUUUAAUAAUUCACUCACGGGAGAAAUUCCAUCUCAACUAGGUCGUUGUAGGUCACUUCUUGCCCUUGAACUCUACACCAACAAGUUCAUAGGAGCCAUUCCUCACGAGCUUGGAAAUCUGGUUCAGUUACAGACUUUAAGACUGUACGGAAACAAGUUGAAUUCCACGAUUCCUCCUUCCUUAUUCCAAUUGAAAUCAUUAACCCAUUUAGGACUCUCAGAGAAUGAGUUGAUUGGAACUGUAUCGGAUGAGGUUGGAUCUUUGACCUCGUUACAAGUACUGACCCUGCAUUCCAAUAAGCUCAAGGGGGAGAUUCCUUCAUCAAUAACCAACUUGACAAAUUUGACAUAUUUGUCAAUGAGCUACAAUUCCCUGACAGGAAGACUUCCACAAAAUCUUGGAUUGCUUUACAAUCUAAAGAACUUGAGCCUGGAAGUCAAUCAUCUUGAGGGAUCAAUUCCCCCAAGCAUUGCCAAUUGUACCCAUCUAAUGUAUAUAUCUUUGGGGUUUAAUAGGAUAACUGGGAAAAUUCCAUCAGGUUUAGGACAGUUGCCAAAUUUAACACGUCUAUCUGUAGGGGCAAAUAGGAUGUCAGGUGAAAUUCCUGAUGACCUCUUCAACUGCUCAAAUCUUCAUCUCCUAAGUAUAGCUGAAAACAAUUUCACUGGAUUGAUUAAGCCAGAUAUCGGCAAACUCUAUAAUCUCCAGGUUUUGAAAGCUUCUUUCAAUUCAUUUGUAGGGUCAAUUCCACCAGGGAUUGGCAAUUUAAGCCAACUCAUGACCUUGACCCUUGCAGGAAAUGGUUUCACGGGCCGAAUUCCACCAGAAAUAUCAAAAGCCUCUCUCCUUCAGGGGCUCUCAUUGCAUGACAACGCUCUGGAAGGUGCCCUACCUGAGAGACUAUUUGAACUGAAGCAGCUAACUUAUCUAGACUUGCAGCACAACAAGAUAACAGGUCCCAUUCCAGAUGCUGUCUCAGAGCUUGAGUUUCUUACAUAUCUCAACCUCAACAACAACAAGCUCAAUGGGUCCAUUCCAAAUAGAAUGGACUGUCUAUAUCGACUUUCAACAUUGGAUCUCUCUCACAACCAUCUCAGUGGAUCAAUUCCAAAGUCCAUGUUUGCAGGGAUGAAAAUGAUGCAACUGUAUCUGAACUUCUCCUACAAUUUCUUAGAUGGACGUAUUCCAGAUGAGCUAGGGAUGCUGGAAAUGGUACAAGCCAUUGACAUCUCAAACAAUAACAUUUCAGGAGUCAUUCCUACGACACUUAGAGGCUGCAGAAAUUUGUUUUCUCUAGAUCUUUCAGGAAAUAAACUUUCUGGUUUCAUCUCUGCUGACGCUUUUGCUCAAUCGGAUAUGCUUAGAAGCUUGAACCUUUCAAGAAAUAAAUUAGAUGGUGAAAUUCCGGAGAACUUGGCAAAAUUGAAGCAUCUAAGCUCACUAGACCUGUCCCAGAAUCAACUUCGGGGUCAUAUUCCAGAAAGCUUCACCAAUAGUUCCAGCUUGAGGCAUCUAAAUCUUUCAUUCAAUCAACUUGAAGGCCAUGUUCCCGAGAAAGGCAUAUUCAAAACUAUCAACAUGUCAAGUUUGGUAGGAAAUAGAGAUCUCUGUGGAAACACAUUUCUCGGGUCGUGCAGCAAGAGAAGUUCAAAUCGGUUUUCGAAAAAGGCAAUAACAAUUCUCAGCAUACUUGGAUCUGUUUCUGUAGUGCUGACCCUAGUGCUAGCCAUUUCAUUCCUCCUUUGGCAUGCCAAAGAGAGUAACCCAGUCAAGUUGGAAAAUCCAGAAACAGAGUUUACAGCAGCAGUUCUAAGAAGGUUUGAUAAAGAGGAGUUAGAAAAUGCUACAAGCUCCUUCAGUAAAGAUAACAUUAUUGGAGCAAGCAGUUUGAGUACCGUGUAUAAGGGCCAGCUGGAAGAUGGCCAGCUGAUAGCAGUAAAAAAAUUAAAUCUGCAUCAGUUCUCCAAAGAAUCUGAUAAGAGCUUUUACAGAGAAGUCAAAAACUUGAGCCAUUUAAGGCACAAGAAUCUGGUCAAGGUACUUGGGUAUGCAUGGGAAAGUGAGAAGCUGAAGGCUGUAAUUCUUCAAUACAUGGAGAACGGAAGUUUAGAGAGUGUUAUACAUGGCUCCAUGAUGGAUCUUCAUAUCUGGACAUUAUCUAAGAGAAUUGAUCUUUGCAUUUCAGUUGCUAGUGCAUUGGAUUACUUGCAUUCUGGUUAUGAUUUCCCCAUUGUGCAUUGUGAUUUGAAGCCUUCCAAUAUACUUCUGGAUGGUGAUUGGGUCGCACAUGUAAGUGACUUUGGAACAGCUCGCAUGCUGGAUGUCCAUCUACAUGACGGAAGUAGCCUUUCUUCAACAUCAGCAUUUGAAGGCACUAUUGGCUACUUGGCACCAGAAUUUGCAUACAUGAGGAAUGUCACAACUAAAGUGGAUGUGUUCAGCUUCGGCAUAGUAGUCAUGGAGUUCCUAACAAAACAAAGACCAACUGGACUAAUGGAAGAGGACGGACAGCCAGUCAGUCUCCGUCAACGAGUUGAGAAAUCCCUUGCUACUGGAACCAAAGGAGUCCUCCAAGUUUUGGAUCCUAUGCUAGCUUCAAAUGAUUCCAAUAAACAAAUGGAAGCAGUGGAGGAACUUUUCAAGCUAGCCUUGUUUUGUACCUCCCCUAAUCCUGAGGAAAGACCCAACAUGAACGAGGUUUUGUCUAUCCUUUCAAAGCUAAAAGCAAAUAACUAUGAAAAUGAGGCCAUAAUCUCAUGAAGAAUUGAGCACCCAGCUGUGUUGGAGAAGAAUAACUGCAGACUCCAUUCGAUUCUAAUGUAUUGGAAGGAUAAAUAUAUGUAAUAGCAGUUACUCUUCACAAGUGAGAAAUGAAAAAGAUUGCAUC